AUGCCGCGGUCUCCGCUGCUCGUGAUAUCUCCUGUUCUUCGCACGCUCGUGCCUCUGCUUCGCCAGGCACGGACAACUUGCUGCAGCGUGUUUAUGCAUGGAGUUGGACGCCGCAGGUGCCGCACCGAGACCCACGGCUAG